GAAAGAACAAAGAAUUUCUUAACAGAACUCAUCCAUGGCAGCCGAUACGCCUGCUCCUUCAUCCCCAUGCCGAAACCCUAACUAUAAUCCCGAUCGAAACCCGAAUUCACCAAAACCCAAAGAUUCUAGCCUCGAUUCACUUUCGCUGGAACCCCAUCUUUCUCCUUCUCAGGCACGGCCGAACGAGGAGGAUAUGCUGGAUGAGACAUCGCAGCCUUCAUCCUUAGUCACCGCGCCGACUGCGGUGCUUCCUUCCCCGUUAUCUCCCUCUUCUCCAAUUGUGGCGGUAACAUCCCCGGCGCCGGUGGCUGUGCCUACAGCUCCAGCCUCUGUUGAUACGGCCAAGGUGGGAAUUCCAACGCUGCUCCACCUCUCAUUCAACCAGGACUAUGGAUGUUUCACCGCUGGUACCGACCGUGGUUUUCGAAUCUAUAAUUGCGAUCCCUUCCGCGAGAUCUUCCGCCGCGACUUCGACGACGGUGGCAUCGGCGUCGUUGAGAUGCUGUUCAGGUGCAACAUACUUGCCCUUGUCGGUGGCGGUCGGCAGCCCUAUUACCAACCGAACAAAGUGAUGAUUUGGGACGACCAUCAAAGCCGCUGCAUCGGCGAGCUCUCUUUUCGAUCGGAGGUUCGCGCCGUCCGGCUGCGGCGGGAUCGCAUCGUAGUUGUGCUUGACCACAAGAUCUUCGUCUACAAUUUCGCUGAUCUCAAGCUUGUUCAUCAAAUCGAGACAGUGCCAAACCCUAAGGGUCUUUGUGCCGUUUCUCAGCAGCAGGGGUCGUUGGUGCUCGUGUGCCCAGGGGGGCAGAAAGGGCAGGUGAGAGUGGAGCACUAUGGGUCGAAGAAGACCAAGUUCAUCGUGGCGCAUGAUUCUAGGAUUGCAUGCUUUGCACUCUCACAGGAUGGGCGGUUGAUCGCCACAGCCAGCACCAAAGGAACACUGGUUAGGAUUUUCAGCACCAUGGAUGGAACACUCCUUCAAGAGGUGCGGAGAGGUGCUGACAGAGCAGAGAUAUACAGCCUCGCCUUUUCUGUUAACAUGCAGUGGUUAGUAGUUUCCAGUGACAAAGGAACAAUACAUGUAUUCAACCUCAAGGUUAAUUUGGGUUUAACAGCAAAUGAUAAGCCGCGUCCUGCACCUGAACCAAAUGUUCCUGCUGUGAGUUCGUCACUAUCUUUCAUUAAGGGUGUUUUGCCCAAAUAUUUCCAUUCAGAAUGGUCCGUAGCCCAAUUUAGAUUGCCCGAAGGUAGCCAAUAUAUUGUUGCUUUUGGCCAUCAGAAGAACACUAUUGUCAUUCUUGGCAUGGAUGGAAGCUUCUACCGAUGCGAGUAUGACCCUGUAUCAGGUGGGGAAAUGAAGCAGUUAGAAUGCUACAACUUCUUGAGACCUGAUCAAAACAUUUAGCUGCUAAUGGCAUGGUGAGACUCCCCCUCUCGCUUCUGUUGACGGUACUUCUGGUUUUUUAUAUUUUAAAACUUAAUAAGUCUGUAAAUAUUCCUAGUGGUCUGUAAAUACCAAAGACAUUUUCCCACCACAUUUGCCAAAAGACUUUGUGUUUGUAUAUUUAUCUUUGCCUUCAUUUUUUUCUUUACCUAAUUCCUCCAUGAAACUAAAUUUGUAGUUGCCGAAUUGCUUGAUUUCUUGUGUAUCAUUUGGUGCUUUCUUUGGUAAUACUCAAAGGCAGCAAAAUUAGUCA